ACAGCAUCCGCCGGCGGAGAGCUUCUCCUCUCUCCGCCUACGCCGCGGCCGGCUCGUGUGCGCGAGAGAGCGGUGCGAGAGAGUGGUGAGCGCCGUGUGUGCGCCAGUGCGCCCGCAAGCCCGCAAGUUCGCGCUCUGCCACGCAGCCCAAGCUCUCUCUAGCCGCGCGCUCAUCGGCCACGUUCAUCAGCCGGGCCCCACGCGAAAAGAGACGAGCACCCCGGGGGCCGCCCUCGUUGUUCCUUCUCAUCCUCGUCCACGUCGUUUAUCGUAAUCGUACACGUCGCGCGAAAAAUCCUAUUUGUACAUAUUGUUUCGAGAAAAGAAUAAAAAGGAAAAAAAAAAAACGUUUAAAAAACUCAACCAGCAACAGGAAGCAACAACAACUUUAGACGAAAAAAAGGAUUUAAAAAAAAAAAAAAAAAAAAUAAAAAAAAAAAAAAAAAAGAGAUAAGAAAAGAGGAAGCGCAAAAGUAAAAAAAAAAGAAGAGAGAGAGAGUGAGAGAGAAAGAAAGAAGAAAGAAAGAAAAGAAGAAAGAGUAAAACGAUACACGCGUACGAUAAAUCAACGGGGAAAAAUAUAAAAGGAAGAAAAAGAAGAAGAAGAAGAAGAAGAAGAAGAAGAAGUAAUAGAAGAAGAGGAGGAAGAAAAAAGAAGUCAAAUCAAAAGAACGUAUCGGUACAUACAAGUUUAGGCCCAAAAUUGUAUUUAAAAAAUAUUUAUCGUAAGAGAAAAGAAUACCAUAUGAACGAAGGAUAAGAGGAAAAAGCGACGAACGGAUAGCGGUUACAAUUUUUUUUCUGGACGAGAAAGGGUAAUAGGUUCUUACGAAAAGGACGUCGUCUCCGGGGAAGAAAAACUCGACCGACAAGCGCGCGCGCGCCACUUCUACGAAACACUUUUUUCUUUGGUCGUCUCACGGAAGCGAGCACGGAUAGCUUCCGGCGUAUCUCUUCUAAUACGCCUUACGCGUUCUCGUUAUCUUUGGCGUAUCAAACGACGACAAUACUUUCCGAUGAAGGAGGACAGAGAGAGAAAAGAUCCCGACACGUUGUGCACCGAUCUGUGAUUUUCGUAUUCUCGUGACAGUCUCGACAACAGCUCGCCUUCUUCGGAUCGACGCGAAAGACAGAUUGACGAAUGACGCCGUAACCGUGGGCUGGUUGGUGCUCGGAUAUCAGAACACGGAAGGGGACAACAUCUUUCACACCGCCACGACAACGUUCACCGUUCAAACAAGCCGUUCGUUCCGUCGUGCUCGUCUCCGAUGCAAAAAGAAAUUUACUCGGUAACGGAUAGAGGAACCGCAGCAGGGAAAAUCGAGACGAGGGAGCGAGGGGCACCCAGCCCUUUGGCGAGUUCGAAGGAUGCAGCUCCCAGGCGGGAGCACGAGAAUUCCGCCCGCGAGAGCUCCGGCCUCCUCCGUUCGAUCGGUGAUCAUCAACAGCAACAACAUUUACAGUACCAGAAGCAGCAACAGCGGCAGCAUCAAGAGCUGCAACGAAAGCACGACGAUAAACGACAGCGAGUGCGUAUGUGGUAGCAUAAUCGGCAACAGCAAUAGCAGCGACAAAAGUAGUAACAAUAACGAUAAGAAGAUUAAGAAGAAUAACAAUAAGAACGAGACGUGCAAGGGUAGCAGGAAAAACUUCAGCGAUAAAAACUUGAACGGAAGAAGAAGCGGCGUUGCAGGUCGUUUUUAUCGUCGUAGCGAGAACGCCGAUAAAGUAAGGAACGGCAGCGUUGGAAACGGACGGAAGAGUCGAGCAGUGAAGGAGAGACAUCAUCUCGUGGCGACUACUACGAGGACGAACCGCCGACACCGAGUCACGAAGCAUCCCCAGGUGUUGUUGGCGUCAGUUCCACGGCGGAAAGUGCGGAGCGAGGAAUAGUAAAAAGAAAACCAAGGGGAAGCGAGAAACGACGGAAGAGGAGGAAGAAGAAGAAGAGGAAGAAGGUGAGGAAGAAAGAGACGAGGAGGAAGUCAAAGUCGUCCGGCGGGAAGGAACAGAAGGGUGCCGGCCUCGUCGACGUUGUCGACGGCGGCGGCGGUGGUGGAGGAGGAGGAGGAAGAGGAAAAGAAGGAGAAGGAGGCGAAGGAGAAGGA